CCUGCAGAUGACAUUGAUAAGAUGGCGGUCGAGCCUGGAGAUAUCAAGCUCAAGAUGAAGAUGGAUAGCGAUGUGCAAGUGAGUUAUGAAUUCUCCUUCAAACUCCAGUUGAUGUAGGUAGUUGAUGUACGGUUUUGUUUUCUUUUUUCUGCUGCUUGGUUCCGCUGGUAUACUACAUCAUUAUCUACACGAUCACGACAGACAUAGAUCUCUAAUUCUAUGUUAUCUCCGAUUUGAAUAGCAACAAUUCCUUCACCUCCCUUCCUUCACCUGUGUAGUUGUACCUGUACCUACCUUCAAAACCUAUGACCUUCCUCUAACCUCCACUGAACGCAACCACCGGACUGAUCGAGACGACGCCAAUUCCGUACAUUGAUGAGGGCGAUCGAGGGUAUCUGCCGAACGCCUACGUCCAGUAUGGGGCUAAGCUCAACACUGAUUGUCGUUUGAUCCCUGGCGAGCAGAUGGUGCUGGGGCAGGCAUGGGCCCUUUGCUCGAAUCAGAACAGACAGCAACAACUAGGCUGGAUGGCGAAACCUUAUGAUUUUUGGAGGAGAAUUUUUAAUAUUACUUAUCUUCAUGAGUGAGAAAAUCAAUAAAAUUACCCUCGUCUAGCAGAAACUCACAAAGUAUAACAGAAACUACACAAGUUCAACUCCCUGAUCGUUUUUAGCCUCCCACAGAAUAGCUACUGAUCGUUUUUAGAAGCUUCCCCCAACAUGAAGAUCCACCCAUUCGCAUUCGCACAUUUCCCUCGUCCCCACCUUCAUUCCUUUUCCGGCGCUCCAGUGAACGACACGGACUUUACUUGUGAUUUCCUUCUCGAAAGCAAAGACUCGCCAGGCAUUUGGCACGCUUGCAAAGGUGUGCCGGUUCCUAAUGCGGAUGCCCAAUUGACCGGCAUGCGAAUCCAGGAACGCAGGAAAGAUUAAGGGUAGGUUAAAGGUGCUUUUCUUACCGCUUUUCAUGCCUCUCCUAAGGGAGAAAGGCAUAAAAAGCGGGGUAAGCAAGCACCAAAAACCUACCUCUAAAAAGACAUCGGGAGCUUGGGCUUUAGCGCGUUUACGAAGAUUGUCUUCACUCGAGACACGCGGUCGUCAGUACUCGGAAAAGCGCCAGCAAUGAACUUAACAACGAGCAUGAAAGGUGACACGAAUCCGGAGCUACAGGGGAAGGUCAGCGCUGGAGGCGACAAGGAAUUUGCGAUGGGGAUUCAGGCUGGAGGUGAAAAGAGACUCGACAUGGACAUCGAACUAGAGGGCACUACUGCUGGUGCAGUACAGUUAUCGGCGAGUAGUACAACGACUGGAGGUAGCGG